AUGGAGACCCGGAGAAGGUCCGACUACGAGGAGGAAGAGGAAUCGACAGCUGAUGACGUCGAUCAACAUCGAAAAGACUUUCUGCGUUCCUUCGUCGAUCGUCUUCUUGGAGCGCCGUUGAUCAGCAAAGCGGGAAAGCUCCAGACGACGGUCGACGUUUUCAUCACCCUCGAGGAGGUCCGCGCCGUCACUCUUCACGUCUGCACCUCCCUCCAUCUCCAGCCGUCUCUACUUCGUAUCAAUGCGUUCGUUUCGGGAUUUUCUUACAAAUAACGAAAAUUUGCUUCCAACUUCUUUUUUUUUCUCUAUUCCAGAGGUUACCCGAUCCAUAUCAUUGGUGAUUUACACGGACAAUUUCAUGAUCUUCGUUCAAUUUUUACAAGGCCCAGCUUUUCUUUUUUCUCUUUUUAAUUUUUCAAUUUUAGAUGUGGUCAUCCGUCUAAUACUUCAUAUUUGUUUUUGGGGGAUUACGUCGAUCGUGGAGUACAGGUGAAAAUGAAAUGAACUUUGUUCACUUCUACUUAUGAUGGCCGCACGUUGAAUGGUUCAGUGCGUCGCCGUUUCUUUUCGCUUCGGAAUGAAAAAGUGGCUUCGAAAAAAAUUUCUAUCUAAAAUUUCUAUGAUAUCCUUAUGUGGAGGCUUUGAAGAACAAGAUUCUUUGGAAAAGAAAGAAAAACAUUUAAAAACUACAAAGACUUCUUUUAUUGCUCUAAAAUGAGCUCCUCAGGGUCUGGAGACGUCCCUGCUGUUGCUGGCACUCAAGGCUCUGUAUCCAGAGCGAGUGUUCUUGCUGCGCGGCAACCACGAAGACUUCAACACGUCGGUGACGUAUGGCUUCUACGACGAGUGUAUUCUGAAAUACUUGGACUGUGGCGAACUCGUGUGGCUGCACCUCAUCAACGCGUUCAACCAUCUUCCGAUUUGUGCUCUGAUUGGCGGCAAGGUGAUGUGCAUGCACGGCGGAAUUUCCCCGCACAUCAACUCUCUCGCCGACAUCGAAAACGUGAGGAAGCCGUUCGAAGCUCUCGGUAACUGCGGAUUCUUAGAUUCGGCGGCCGUCCAUUGUGCCUUCUUACGGUCUCAUGUGCGACUUAGUUUGGUCUGAUCCCGAAUCUUCUGUGGUGAGUGCGGCCUCGAAGAGCUUCACUGAAAUGAACUGGGCGGAAAGUCCCAAAAAAAAAAUGAAGAUAGUCGCAUACAAAAAUUUCUAUUGUAAUUGCUAGUAAACUCAGAAAAAUGCGAGAAAAACGACAAAAAUCUUUAGUUUUGGGUUCUAACUUCAGAUUAUUUGGGGAAUCAGUAAAUUUUUUGUCAGGUCUCUUUUACGAACUAUUCUUUCUUCUGCUCAAGUUUACAGGCUAUAAUUUCCUUCUAUUUUUUUAAAUUUUGAUUCGUUCGAGCAACCAAGUUCAUCGCGUCAAAGAGUUUUUUUAAAAAUGAAACUUUUAUUCAAAUUUGUUGCGAAGAAAUUGUAUCUGCACUGUACUUUUCCAAGUGGUCUGAAGGACAUAAUAGCCGUUUGUCUUAAGAAUCCUGGAUGGUCAUUGUCGGCGCGAGGAAUUUCCUUUUCUUUCGAUGAAACGACUAUUGAGAACUUCUGUCGCCAACACGACAUCGACGUCAUCAUUCGCGCUCAUCAGAUCACCACCGACGUCUGUUUCUGGAUGUUUGCAAUCGUGUAGAGUCCUUCAGAUGUUCAACGGAGGCUACAAACUUCACGCCGGCGGCCGCAUGGUCACCGUUUUCUCAGCGCCCAAUUACCUUAACAUGAGCAAUGACUCUUGUGUCGUCCGCAUCGAUUCCAAUGUUUGUAAAAAAAAUUAAUCAAGAUUCAAAGCUUUUCGUUUUCAGCUUUGUAUGCGCUUCAUUGUGUUCCGGCCUGUCAGAAAACAAAAAGCCAACAAAAACUCCAAAAGUAUUGCAAAAUAA